AUGGCCCGAUUCCGUAUGCUCUUGACCCUGGCCUAUCUACAAAUCUCAGCAACUAUUGCGAUUCCCAAUUGUCCUAUUUUCGGGGCCGAGUUUCCGACACCGAAAAGAUUACCUGAGCACCCCAGAUGGAAGGAAGCCCUUGUAAAUCUCACCGCUUCGUUCGACUACCUAGAUGCGAACGUCACCGGAGAUGAUCUUUCGUACUCCGUGCAGAUUUUCUCAACAGAUUAUGAGCCCAAGGUCCUUGCAGAACGACACCGGACAGCAUUGACCUUAUUACCCCAGACCGAAGGCGUCAAAGAAGUAGGCCCUGAUACUGUGUACCGCAUCGGCAGCGUUUCUAAGGUCUUCACCGUACUUGCUUUUCUAGCAGAAGUUGGGGAUACGCAUUGGAAUACACCCAUCACCGCAUUCAUCCCGGAACUGGCCCAAUACUCUCUCCAGACUUCGGCACAGUUAAUCGAUGAUGUUCGAAGAACAGACUGGGAUGACAUUACUAUUGGUGCCCUGGCGGCGCAAGUAUCCGGGAUAGGGAGGGACUGUAUGUACUGUAGCGAAAGGUCAAGUCAAUUUGGUGCUGAUAUAACAGCAGAAUUCUUCGCGGGCAUCGAAAUGAUGUUCCCUUCUUAUCUGCCGUGGCAGACUGCUGGUUACUCCAAUAUUGGCUAUCAACUCCUGUCAUACGCGCUCGAGUCCAUGACUGGCAAGAAAUUCGUUGAAAUACUCAACACACGGGUUAUCAAGCCUCUAAACCUGCAACAUACCUUUUACGAAAACGUGCCCCCCUCGUUGGGAGUGAUUCCUACCACAACAAAAGACGAUUUCUGGUGGGUCAAUUUAGGCGACGCAAAUCCUGGCGGAAACAUGUAUUCUUCGGCGAAUGAUAUUUCCACUCUUGGGCACGCAAUUCUCUCGUCCAAAUUGUUAAAGCCGUCACUCACCCGACGUUGGCUUAACCCAAUAACAUUCUCGGCAGACUUUGCAGCUUCGAUUGGCGCGCCCUGGGGUGUCCGUCGCAUUCAGUUGGACCCAUUUGCUCAACCAUACCGCUCAUUGAGUGUUUACACGAAGGCCGGUACCUUCCGCAAAUACACUGCAUUUGUAACUCUCUUGAAGGAGUUCAACCUCGGGUUCACCAUCAUGAUGGCUGGAAAGUCACCGCUCAAUAACUUCAUGCUCGCAGACAUGCUAGGCGCAUCGUUGAUUCCGGCCUACGACGAAGCUGCACGUGACGAGGCAAAUGAAAUAUAUAGUGGCAUCUAUGUCAGCCAUGGACCAGAUGCUAUGCCAAAUUCCUCGUUGGUCAUCACCACCGACCCAAAAAAGCCCGGCCUGGGAAUAAUCUCCUGGACAUCGAACGGAACAGACAUGAUCGAAACCGCCAUCCAAUUGCAAACAGGCUCCAACGCCACAGCUUCCAGGGCGGAGGCUCGACUCUAUUAUACCCAACUUGAAACGAGAGUCAAGAACGGUGAAAAGCGACAGUCGUGGAAAGCGGUAUUUGAAGACACAGGAUACCCGUCCGCACCUGGUCCGAUAUUAUUCUCCACUGGUUGCGGUGCCUGGGUUGGACAGACAGGUGUAACGUACGGCUCGUUGCCAUUGGAUGAGUUUGUCUUUGAUUUUGACUCGAGUGGUAACGUGAGGAGUAUCACAAACCUUGCGCUGCGAACAACACUUCACAAAGUAGACCUUUACCAGUCUGCGAAUUUGCUUCCAGGACUCUGUAAUAAUGUCUGUCCUUACUUUUCACAACAACAGUAGCGUUGUUAAUGCCUUCAUAAGUCUUCUUUGAAGACAAAUAUCG